GCGAUCAGGCAAAGUUGGGUGUAGCAGCAAUUCUACCCGUUCUUCAUGAACGAGGUGUUCGUACCGUGUCGUAUGUCGAUUGGAAGAAAAUAGAAGAAAAGGAAAUUGAAAUCGGUAAACAGAGGCAUAAGCCACGCGAGAAAUGCGGAAGUGUUGAAGAGGCGUUGAAAAUGUUGGAUCAAUUAUAA